GUCCAUCGCUUCCCUCCAGUGACUUUAGUCCCUGCUCGUGUGUUCCAGCUGCCGUCUCCUGGUAUGACGAGUUCCAGAGGCUCUACGACACCAUCCCCUGCGUGGAAGUGCAGGCCCUGAAGGAGCACAGCGACCAGGUUUUGCACCUCAGCUUCUCCCACUCCGGCUGUUUGUUCGCCUCGUGCUCCAAAGACUGCACCGUCAAGAUCUGGAGCAAUGAGUUGGACAUCUCCCUGCAGCACAGCUCCAACAUGAGGCCGUACAACUGGAGCUACACACAGUUCUCCCAGUUCAACUCCGAUGACUCCCUCCUUCUGGUGUCCGGCGUCUUCGUGGGGCCUCACAACUCCUCGUCAGGAGAGAUCGCUGUGAUCAGCAUGGAGAACUUCACGCUGCUUUCCAGGGUGAGGAACAAACCCUACGAUGUGUUUGGCUGCUGGCUGAAUGAAACCAACUUGAUCUCUGGCAAUCUGCAUCGGAUGGGGCGGAUCACCUCCUGUUCUGUGCUGUGGCUGAACAACGCUUUCCAGGGCAUAGAGUCUGAGAAUGUGAACGUAGUGAAGAGACUGUUCAAAAUCCAGAACCUGAAUGCCAGCACUAUCCGCACCGUGAUGGUGGCUGACUGCAGCCGGUACGAUUCCCCAGACCUGCUCUUGGACUACGAGGAGCAGCUGGCUGCUUCCUCCACCUCCUCCUGCCCAGUCUUUGAUCUUGGCAGUGACAGCGAGGAAGAGGAGGCCAAGCCCAAGCAGACUCCAGAGCCAGCAGUACAGGAAUUGCCGGCUGAGAGGGGUGUGACAGCAGAGGACGGGCUGCAGCAGCUCUUUGAUGAUAUCAUGGAGGGCCGGGUGAAGCCUGCCAUGACCGAGACAGAGCUGGAGACCAAGGUGGCUGAGCUGUUUGUACGCAACAGAACUAAACCCCCUGAGCUGAACCUGCUCUCCACAGACAGCAACAGCAAGACUAAAUACUUGAUCUUCACCACGGGAUGCCUCACGUACUCCCCACACCAGAUAGGCAUCAAGAGGAUCCUGCCCCAUCAGAUGACGACUGCCGGGCCGGUGCUCGGGGAGGAGAGGCGCUCGGAUGAGUUCUUCGACUCGCUGGAUCACGUCAUUGACAUCCACGGGCACAUCAUCGGCAUGGGGCUCUCCCCGGACCACAGGUACCUGUACGUGAACAGCCGUGCCUGGCCGCGGGACUGCGUCAUCUCUGACCCCAUGCAGCCGCCCCCCAUCGCCGAGGAGAUCGACCUGCACGUCUUCGACCUGAAGACCAUGAAGGAGGUGAAACGAGCCCUGCGGGCGCACCGGGCCUACACUCCCAACGAGGAGUGCUUCUUCAUCUUCCUGGAUGUCAGCAGGGACUUCGUCGCGAGCGGGGCAGAGGAUCGCCACGGCUACAUCUGGGACCGGCACUACAACAUCUGCCUGGCCAAACUGCAGCACGACAACGUGGUCAACUCGGUGGCGUUCAGCCCCGUGGAGCAGGAGCUGCUGCUGACGGCCAGCGACGACGCCACCAUCAAAGUGUGGCGCUCCCCGCGCGCCGUGCGCGUCCAGCAGGCCAGGAAGCCCAGGCCCAGGAAACUGCUCUUCUCCUGGCUCAUGAACCAGAAAAGCUGAACCCGGGAGCCACCUGCAGCUUCCUCACUGC